AUGGUUGAGGCGUUUGGCUUUGCUGUUGUACUGACCGAGUUCGAAAACAUGAGGGAUAUUUUCGUAUCACGUGCAAUGUGUGUAAAGGCCACAACUAAAACUUCACUUAUUACUACAACGACUACUACAAUAAACACUGCGACCACUACCACUAAUACCGCAACUGCUGUUGCUACCACUACUACAAAUGUAGUUACUACUGCUGCCACUACUGCUACUACUAAUACAGCAGCUACUGCUGCUGGCUCAUCCAAUGUAACUACUUCUACCACAGUCAGGAUAGGUCUGUUGACAGCGGGUGAAAUAGCCGGAACUGUAGUUGGAUCCUUGGCAGGAUUGGGACUCUUGGCAGGACUUUCAUUCCUAAUCUUCGCUGCCGCCACUGGACGGAUAAAAUGCGCAAAAUUGGGACGUGGAAUGUCUAGGAAUGCCAGCAGCAGCUCGAAAAGGAAACUAAUAAAUAAUGGUGGGAAAAAUGCUGUCGGUAAGAAAGCUACAACAAAUGCCAAACUGGUCUCCAAAUCUUCAAAUAGUCAAAAUCCGACUAAUCCUAUUACGACGAGUUAUAACAAUAACGGAAAAUUUGUGUCGAGUAGAUUGUCUGUAAGUGAUGCGAGAAAUAUUGGAAAUAAUAUUCCAUCUGGAAAUGGCAUUUUCGCUAGCGGGAUAAAUUGUAAUCCCAUUUUUAAUGACGCGUUGUUAAACGUACCGCCGAAAUUCUGCAUUUGCACUCCGUGCACAAACACACCCUACUUUCCAUACAUUUCAUCAACUACUACGUUCGCUGCUUCGAAAAAAGACUGUAACGUGUGCGCGGUCAGUCAAACUAUUUCGAAAGCUUGGUAUCCCAGUCAGAAUUUCUGUGGGUUUGACACACCUAGUAAUCAAUUAUUCUCAGUGAAAAGUUGUCGUCCAGUGGAUGGCUGUCCAGUUGUGAAUACCCUACCUCUCUAUUGCAGUGCUGCCACUGACAACAAUGGUUGUAGGUACACUCCUGUCGCAUAUAGAAAAAUCCCCAUCUCGAAAUUUGCGAAUUUCAACCGAGCCUUUGGCAGUCAGCAAUGUGCCUCCUGCGAUUCAAUGAAUUAA